AUGGCAGGCUUGAAUGUUUCUAUUGCUUUUCUUUUCCUGACCGUAGGCAUUUGCGAGUUAGUCAGGCAGCUUUCCAAAAGAUUUUUCUCUUUUGGAGCAUACUGUUGUCUUGCCAGAGAACUUGUUGGCUCAUUAUAUUUGUGUGCAGGCUGCCUUGAACUGAGAAUGCUGAUGGAGAUUGGCCUGUGGGGUGGUGGCUUUGGCCCAGAUGUGAGUCUGACUCUGCUCUUCCUUCUCUUUGUGGCUCAUGGCACCUUGUUUGAUGGAGCAUCUGCUAAUCUGACAGUCUCUCUCCAGGAAUUCCUGAUCCUGGACUCCAGCUUAGCAGCAACUACUGCGAAGCUUCUUGCCCAGUUUAUAGGUAUGGGCAUAGGCUGGGUUAUCACUAAGUACUACUGGUCCUGGGAGCUGACAGAAUUCCACCUCAUCCAGAACCUAAUGUCUUUGGAGUGCAGUUCCUCCCUCCGUACAUCAUUGUCUCAUGGUGUCUUUGUGGAAGGUGUUUGCUCUUUUCUUUUCAAUCUAGUGAUUCUCAAAUUUCACCACAGUCGGCCAAUGUACCGGGUCCCUGCCUUGGCAGCAACUGUCACCUUCCUGGCUUAUAUAGCUGGGCCAUUCACAGGGGCUUUUUUCAACCCUGUCCUUGCCACGGCUGUUACCUUCCACUGCUCAGGGAGCAGCCUGCAGGAGUAUAUCCAAGUUUACUGGCUGGGUCCCCUUGCAGGGAUGCUUGCUGCCCUCUUGCUAUACCAAGGGAACAUCCCAAGACUCUUCCAGAAAAACCUGCUUUACAGUCAGAAGAGCAAAUAUAGGAUACCCAAGGCAAGAGUGGCACAUGUUUCUGGAAACAGAGAACAGAGGCGGAAGAAGAAAGGGGAGAAGAGCAAUUCGGAGCAGAGUGCCUGAGCUGAAUGUGGGCUUUAGGAGAACCCCUGCAGCCCCCAUCAUGGGAGUGGGUUUCCUGGCACAGAGGAGAAAGCACAGGGGAUUUUGCAUGCUCAGGCCCCCAGCUCUGCCGCAGGUACUAUGUACUCAUUGCUGCAGCAUUCUGGACUAAGCUUCCUGGACUAAGCAGGCCCAAGAGCUGUGAUACGAUGUGCAGACGCUGUGCAUCUUGCCCAGCACCAGUCCUGGCUGUGUGGUCACUGCUACAGGCACAGCUGCAGGAGCUUUUUAAUGCAUCCUAUGGGAUUUGGACAAGAUAACCUUAACAGGAUGCCUGAAACUCUUAGGCUUCAUUAAAAAUGGAUUUUCUUUUUAAGGUUGGUGAACCUGUAAAGUUUCAAGCAUGCAGUGCUGGCUCAAUGGGAAAAAUUAAUUUAUUUGCAUAAGUUACUAUUGCCUUCCAUAUUCAGGAAGCAUGCAGAAGCUGAGAGCAAUUAUACAGGCAUGCUUGAGCAUCUUCCAUUUUAUUGCAUUGUUCAACACUUGAAGUAAUCUGAAUAUGUCAUGAAAAUAGAUCAAUAAUAUUGCAUUAAAUGUUCUGGGAUUUUUUAUUCUUUUUAACAACACAGCAGAAAUGUGUGACUAAACUUGCAGACUGUUGUCUGGGCUGCUCUCAGUGCUUAAAUGAAAU